AUGGCCCAGUAUCCUUUGGAGAUGGGGAAAGCAGGCAAAACGCACCAGCAGGUCGUGGCUUUGCAGACAGAUGCGAAUGGGAAAAUUGCAUGGGAUGCUGUCAUCAAGCACAAGUCAGACAAGCUAGCUGUUUGGACGCGUCCUGAAGACUCGAGAGAGAAAUGGUCAAAGCCAGAGGAGCUUGAAAGACCAUCUCUUGAGCUUGACGUUCUGAAUACUGAGCGAACGCAGAAGGCUUUGGAAAUGGCUCUCAAUGGAAAGAUCCAAGCUGGCGUGCCCAAGAAGCAAGAGCAGAAGGAAGCGGAGUUCAUUCGCUACACGCCGAACCCCAACGCGCCUGGCUACACGCCCAACUGCAGGGAACGUGUAAUCAAGUUGGUGGAAAGGCAAGUGGAUCCUUUCCAGCCUCCAAAGUUUAAGCACAAAAAGGUGCCUCGCGGACCACCUUCGCCGCCGCCACCUGUUCAUCAUUCUCCUCCUCGCAAACUCACUGCAAAGGACCAAAAGGAUUGGAAGAUUCCACCAUGCAUCUCCAACUGGAAGAACGCAAAGGGAUACACAAUCCCGCUGGACAAGCGCUUGUCAGCAGACGGGCGAAGUUUGCAGGAUGUUGCUGUCAAUGACAAGUUUGCAGCGAUCAGCGAAGACUUGUACCUUGCUGAGCGUAAAGCCCGAGAAGAGAUCAAAAUCAGAAACGACCUGAUCAGGCAGAAGAAGGUCCGCGAGGAGGAGAUUAGAGAGCAGCAGUUGCGCGACUUGGCAGCUCAGGCUCGCCAGACUCGUGCUGAACUAGCAGCUGCGCCUGCGAAAGAUGGGGAGGAUGGACAAGAUGCAGACGACAGGCGGCAACGAAUGGAGGUCUUGAAAGAGAGACAAAGAGAGAUAGAACGAGACCAGCGCCUGGAACUGGCAGGCAAGAAAAACAAGCGCGGGCGCGAAGAAGACCGCGAUGUUUCCGAAAGAAUUGCACUUGGCCAGGCAGCGCAACCCACAAGCUCAGAGGCUAUGUUUGAUCAACGCCUCUUUAACCAGUCUGCUGGCAUGGAUAGCGGCUUCUUUGGUGGGGAUGACGAGAAAGUUGCGAUCUACGACAAGCCACUCUUUGCAGAUCGAAGCGGCCGUGACCGAAAUGCACGCCGAAGCCGAGAUGUGGUUCUCUGA